AUGGGAAUUAAAGGACUCUCUCAAGUGAUUGCUGACAAUGCACCGUCAGCUAUCAAAAUAAGCGAGAUCAAAGCUUUCUUCGGAAGAAAAGUCGCAAUUGAUGCUUCCAUGUGCUUGUAUCAAUUUCUAAUCGCUGUGCGGCAAGAUGGUGCACAACUUCAAAGUGAGGAUGGAGAGACAACCAGUCACUUAAUGGGAAUGUUCUACCGUACUAUUCGAAUGAUUGACAAUGGAAUCAAACCGGUUUACGUCUUCGACGGGAAACCGCCAGAUAUGAAGAGCGGUGAGCUCGAAAAACGGUCGGAACGACGUGCUGAAGCUGAAAAGGCUCUGACUGAGGCCAAAGAAAAAGGAGAUGCGAAAGAAGCUGAAAAAUUCGAAAGACGUCUUGUGAAAGUCACAAAACAACAAAAUGAAGAUGUCAAGCAGUUACUGGGAUUGAUGGGUAUUCCAGUUGUCGAAGCGCCAUGUGAGGCAGAGGCGCAAUGUGCGCAUCUUGUGAAAGCUGGAAAAGUUUUCGGAACUGCAACAGAGGAUAUGGAUGCUCUCACAUUCGGAUCUUGUGUUCUCUUGAGACAUUUGCUUGCUCCAGAGUCUAAGAAAAUUCCGAUCAAAGAAUUCCAUUUAGCUCGGAUUUUGGAGGAGAUGAAGUUAACAGAAGAAGAAUUCAUCGAUCUUUGUAUUCUCCUUGGUUGCGACUAUUGUGGAACCAUCAGAGGGGUUGGACCGAAAAGGGCAGUCGAGUUGAUCAAUCAGUACAAAAACAUCGAAACGAUUUUGGAAAAUAUUGACUUGACAAAAUAUCCUCCACCAGAAGAUUGGCCAUACAAACGAGCUCGUGAGCUGUUCCUUCAACCAGACGUGACGAAAGGAGAAGAAAUUGAACUGACAUGGAAAGAGCCUGACGUCGAGGGGAUAGUAAGAUUCAUGUGCGGAGACAAAAACUUUAGCGAGGAACGAAUCCGUUCAGCACUGACGAGAAUGCAGAAAAGUAGGAAUGCUGGAACGCAAGGGCGCAUUGAUUCUUUUUUCACAGUUUCGUCUCAAGUCAAGUGUGUCACUGCUGCUAAGAGAAAGGCUCAAGAGGAAGCAGAGAAGAUGAAGAAAGGAGGAAAGAAAGGUGGACCACCAAAGAAGAGAGCUAAGUAA